AUGGAACAACCUAUGGGUUUUAUUGAUGCUAGAUUUCCUAAUCAUGUGUGUCGUCUACAGAAAGCUCUUUAUGGUCUCAAACAGGCGCCUCGAGCUUGGUUUCAACGACUAAGCACCUUCUUAACAUCACAUGGUUUUGUUUGUAGUCAAGCGGAUCCAUCACUUUUUAUUUAUAAGACAGCAAAAGCCAUUGUUUAUCUUCUUGUGUAUGUGGACGACAUCAUCACCACUGGCAGUGAUUCCUUUUUUAUUACGUCCUUUGUUGCUCGACUGCAUAAAGAAUUUUCAGUCAAAGACUUGGGUCCACUCGGUUACUUCUUGGGUCUUGAAGUUACUAACUCUGAUGCCAGUCUCUUUCUCAGUCAGGCAAAAUAUGCACAUGACAUUUUGUCUCGUGCUGGUCUGUUAGAUUCCAAACCUGUUGCCACUCCUCUUGCUACCACUGAUACUUUUCUCAGCAAGGGUGUCCCGUUUCAUGAUCCUACUCUUUACAGGUCUCUAGUUGGAGCUCUUCAGUAUCUCACCAUUACAAGACCGAACAUCUCUUAUGCAGUAAAUCAAGCCAGUCAACAUCUACAGGCCCCUACAACAUCUCAUUUUCAGUUGGUUAAACGGAUACGACGUUAUGUUAAAGGAACAAUUGCCUUUGGGUUAACCUUCUCCAAACCAACUUCAACAACCAUCGUUGGCUACUCUGAUGCGGACUGGGCCCAUUAUAUUGAAACCAGACGCUCCGCUAUGGUUAUUCUAUUUAUUUGGGUGGCAAUCUGGUUUCCUGGAGUGCGAAGAAACAACCUACAGUCUCUCGCUCUAGUUGUGAAUCUGAAUAUCGUGCCAUGGCCAAUACUGCAGCUGAAAUCAUCUGGCUUACUUACCUUCUUCGAGAACUACAUGCUCUACCUAUGGCUCAUCCGACUUUGCUUUGUGACAACAAGAGUGCUAUUUUUCUAA